AUCUGCUACGUGUGCUAAUAGUUCACCAUAUGAAGACUUCAAAGGAAAAUCAAAGCAUUCGGAAGUCUACAAGGACGUUCAAGUUUACAGCCAGUUACGAAGUUUUCCACAUAACCGCCACAAGCUACCGCAUGCUUCGUAGAAGUGCAGUCACCUUUUAAGCCCUUAGCGGAUUCAUUAUCACAGGUAAUCAAGGUGACUAAUCUGUGAACUAAUCUGUUAAGUGUAUUAAGUUUUGCGAAACAAAAAUCCACGUGCAGACAAAGAUGACAACCCCUUAUGUAUGAUUUACUAUAACACCAACCGUCGUGCAUAGUAUGGAUAUUUGAUAGUAAUGCACAGUUUUAAACAGCUGAAACCAUACCUAUGUAACCACAGGCAGACUAGUCUAGACCGAGGUGCCGACUGGAAUGUAUAACAGCUAAGCACCCCAGACAGG